UCACAUGUCACCGUGUCAUGUGAUUAUUGAAUUGUGAGUCAAAAAAAGAGAAAAAAUAUCCUCAGACAGUGUUUGCUUUGUGUUUCUGAAGCUGCAUUAAACGCGACACAUAUGUGAGGACUGGGACGCGUCUCAACAAACCUGCGUGGCUGUCAGAGGAGUAUGUACCUCAGUGCUCUUUUUUGACAACAGCUAAACUCAUCUCAAGCUAUCUGCUAAAAAUGACGCUGCAGAUGGGGAUCCUGUGUUUGGCUCUGCUGGGCCUCAGCUCGGCGCUGGUUUGUCCCGAUGGAGGCAUUUGUGACGACGACAACACCUGCUGCAAGAACCCCGAGGGAGGAUACGGAUGCUGUCUGCUGCCACACGCCGUGUGCUGCUCAGACCAACUCCACUGCUGCUUUCAGGGAACGGUGUGUGAUCUGGUUCACAGGAGAUGUGUGAAUGAAAGCGUCUCCCUGCCCUGGAUGACACGACUGCCGACCAAACAGGCCCCACUUAUCCCUCUGCUCGGAGAGGGAGUGAAGGCAGUCAUUUGUCCGGACCAGGAGUCUGAGUGUCCGGAUGAAACCACGUGCUGCCUGCUUCCUGACGGCUCCUGGGGCUGCUGUCCGUUAGCCAAGGCGGUGUGCUGCGAGGAUAAGCGCCACUGCUGCCCAGAGGGAACAAAGUGUGAUCUUGUUCACUCCAAGUGUGUGCCUGCCUCGCUGGAGUCCUUCCCCAUGCUGGAGAAACUGCCUGCGAGAAGGAGGGCGACCAGUCCAGGUGUAAAUAAACACGUUUCUUCUGUCGGCUCAGUGACGUGUCCUGGUGGGAAAAGCAUCUGUCCAGACAGUUACACGUGCUGCCAGCUAACCAGCGGAGACUACGGCUGCUGCCCGUUCCCAGAGGCCGUGUGCUGCAGCGAUCAUCUCCACUGUUGCCCUAGCAACACAAUAUGCGACCUGGAGCGCGGCGUCUGCAAGUCUGGCGAGAGUCACGUGCCGAUGAUGAGGAAGAUCGCCGCUGCACCCAAAGACAUUGUGUGUCCCGAUCAGAAAUCGGUGUGUCCUGAUCAGACCACCUGCUGCCAGAUGACCAACGGCACAUACGGCUGCUGUCCGAUGCCCAACGCCGUGUGCUGUUCGGAUCGCAUCCACUGCUGCCCUGCAGGAACCCGGUGCGACCUGAUCCACAGCACCUGUGUGUCGACCCACCAGGAAACCUCCACGGCCGUGAAGACGCUCGCUGCUGUGACGGAGCCGACGGCACCGAGCAAAGUUCCCUGCAAUGACUCUGCAGCCUGCGCUGAUGGAAGCACCUGCUGCAAAUCUCCAGGAGGAGAAUGGGCCUGUUGUCCUUUACCGAAGGCGGUGUGUUGUGAAGACCACAUGCACUGCUGCCCUCACGGCACCGUCUGCAACCUGGCGGCCUCCACAUGCGACGAUCCCGCCGGCAACGCCGUGGUGCCGUGGCUGGGAAAGACGCCCGUCUUCCCCCUCCAGAGCGACAACAAGAAGUGCGACAAGUCGACGUCGUGUCCCGGAGAGUCGACCUGCUGCAAGACUCUGAGCGGAGCCUGGGCCUGCUGUCCUCUGCCUCAGGCCGUUUGCUGCAGCGACCACAUCCACUGCUGUCCUCACGGCACCGUCUGCAACGUGGCGGCUGAAACCUGCGACGACCCGUCCGGUUCCUCUCCGUCCCUCCGCUGGCUGGCCAAAGUGUCCGCCGUGACCUCGCAGGCGAAGGACGAGAAGUGCGACCGGCAGACGAUGUGUCCGGGAGGCACCACCUGCUGCAAGAAGAACUCUGGACAGUGGGCCUGCUGUCCUCUACCUCAGGCCGUGUGCUGUAACGAUCACGAGCACUGCUGCCCUAAAGGCUAUCGGUGCAACGUGGCCGAGCAGACUUGUGACAAACCCGGUGAGCUGAGCCUGCCCUGGCUGCAGAAGGUCCCGGCCCUGCAGACGGAGUCCAGUCGGGCUGUAUCCGGUCCAACUCGGCCUGCCAAGAAAAUGUGUGACGCCCAGACCAGCUGCCCCAGAGACACCACCUGCUGCUUCAUGGACCAGACCCAUCAGUGGGGCUGCUGCCCGCUGCCGAACGCCGUCUGCUGUAAAGAUGGAAACCACUGCUGCCCCGCUGGACACACCUGCGAGCCUCAUCGCUCCUCCUGCUCUCGGGGCCUCCAGGUGAUUCCCUGGUUCACCAAGCUGGGCGCUCUGACCGAGCCGAGCGGCGUCAGCGAUGUUAAAUGUGACGAUAAGAGCAGCUGUCCUUCAGGGACGACCUGCUGCAAGCUGCCGACGGGAGAGUGGGGCUGCUGCCCUCUGGUAAAGGCGGUCUGCUGCGCUGACAGAGAGCACUGCUGUCCUCAGGGAUACACCUGCAACAUGCAGACGGGAACAUGCGAGAAGAAGGACGACGGCGUGCUGAUCGACCCCCUCCCUCAGAGCAGAGUGGUACAGUCCGAGCCCAGGGGCGUUGAGGACGAGGCGGACGUACCAUGUGACGGCACGGGGGAGUUUCACUGCCCAAAGAAAGACACCUGCUGUAAGGUGUCGGACACCGAGUGGAGCUGCUGCCCCUCCUCCAAGGCCGUCUGCUGCUCCGACUCCAAGCGCUGCUGUCCUGCCGGGUAUUCGUGCGACCUGAAGGCUGGAGGUUGUUCUCUGCUCUCCUGGGACUCUCUGUUUGAGGACAGAAGGGCAAAGUUUGGUCCCGGCAGAGUUUAAUUCCUCCGAGGGGCGACGAUGGCCUUCAACCUUCGAUCCAAAACAUCCGUCUGCCGCUGGUGUCGUCUGAGGACGUGAAGGGCUUCUCCCCGGCUUCCUGCACAGACGAGUGUUCGCUUUGGACUCUGAGUGUUUUUGAUUUAGGUUAAUCCAGCAGAGGAAUUCUAAAGAAGCAGGGAAGUCAUCAGGUGACACAGCAGCCUCUUAUUCACUCAAUCUCAGUUUAUUUUGAAUUCAGCAUCUUCAUCACUCCACAGGUAGGAGACGGGGACACAGCCACCGACUGCAAAGCUUUACGGCGUUAUUCUGAGGAAUUAAGGAGAAUUCUGGUUUAUUUCAGGCAUAUUUUUAAUAAUGUGAGUCAGUAAAUCCGAUCUGAAACACUUUUUUUGUCAUAUUUAGUGAAUUUCACGGUCUGCCGGCUUCGUUUUCCCCAAAGCGGAGGUCGAGAUUAUUUCCAGCAAUGGAAUAAAAUUUAAAGAAAACAUUAGAAAUGAUAUAUUUGGUUCAUUAUUGUGAGUUAAAUUUAACUUAUUUUGGAUGUUUUGGGGCUGAAAGGUUUAGGAACUCCUGCAUUAGCUGUCCGUGUCACGUAUGUGCUGGAAAAAAUACAGUUUUUGUGCAUAUUGUCGCUCUGUAAAUGCUCAAAUCUAUCCACAUAACGCUAUCUUAAUGUGUGCAAACAACAGGAGAGAAGAGGGACAGUAAUCUGUUAACCAUCUAGCUAAAUAUCCGCCUUAAAUGUGCCGUUUUCUGUGUUGAAAUUAACCAGAAUUAUCCUGAAAAAGGAGAAGCUGGAUGUUGCUCCGUAUUUUUUCUUAUCGUCAACAAAUCCCAUAAAACGGUCCCAAAGCAGCCGUCUGCCGUAAACACUGUGGGUCCAAUUUAAGAAGAAAAUAUGGUCACAAAUGUGAAGUUUCUUUUUGUUAUUUUUUAUUUAAUUCUUAAUAAUCGGCUUCAUUGUUUUCACAGCUUGUCGGCGAACAGAUUCAGGUUCACUUGCACGUUUAUAAAACAAAAAUAUAAAGAUGUUUGACUGGAAAAUAGCAGAGAAAUCACGACACGUUUACAGGGAAUGAGUGGGAAUUAUGGGGUGAAUGCAUGAUAGAUUCUACCAAAAUGUCAAAUGUUUUAAGAUGUAAAAGUUUUUCUAUGGAAUCAUACGUUGUCUUUGAGGCUCUUUAACGCACAACAACAUCUCAGACUCGUAAUCGUUCCGUUGGAGUCGAUUUUUCUUCUUUUUUGUGGGAUUUGUUGGCGAUGGUAAAGCUAAAGACCAGGACCAGACUCCUCACUUCACUGUUUCCAUGUUUUCCGAUCGUUAUUCCCGAAAUCCAGUGACCGCUUCGUGUUUUCCUUCUUCUCUGUGGAAACAGGAGAAUGUACUUGCUGCCUUACUGUGAGCGCCGUUUUCUAAGGAAUAAACAUGAAGAAGGCUGCAGCUUAGUGAGCGUUGUUUCAGUCAUUUCACGAAAUGAGGUCCUCUGAGAGAUCCUUUUAAGAUUUUCAGCGUUUAUGUUGGUUUUUCCUGAUCGAUAAUUGAGUGUUCAGUCCAAAAAAUGGUGGAAAUGAAGCGUCCGAUUAGUCAAAAACCCAAAGAUGAUGACGAUGAAACUGGGAAAAGAAGAAGUGAUAAAUUAUUCCAACUAUUGCUGAUUGAUUUUCUGUCAGUAGGUCCAGCUGUAGAGUGGAUUGUUUCUGGGUUUCAAAUGAUUGAAGGUGUUUCUGAUUACUUUUUUCUUUACAUUCCCACUUGUUGAGGAAAGUUGUGACUGUUAUUUGUUGGUGUGUGUUUAUUUUAUUAAUCUGUGAAUAUUUCUGAUGUGAGGCGGCGCCACGGUGAACGUUAAAAUCUGGAAAUGUGAAUCUUUAGGUUUUUUUUAACUUUGUGAAAGGAGGACUGACCAUUAAAACAGCUUGUGCCUUCAUCAGAUAUUCGGUUUAUUCUUGAGGAAAAUUGGUGACUCUUUAGUGUAGAUUUCUCUAAAUGUAAGCAGGAAAUUUUAAAAAAGUGUCACGAGGAGGUGGGAAACGCAGACACUCAGGAGAUAAAGUCGAGUUUUUUUGUGUUUUGACACCAGUUUCCAACCAUUUAAAGAUUAAAAAAAAAAGAGUGUGUGUGCUUCAGUUUGGAGCUGUUAACCCUCCUGUUGUCUUCAUUUACGGGCACCAAAAAUUAUUGUUUCCUUGUCAGAAAAAAAAACAAACAUUCAGCAAAAAAAUUCCCCAAAGUUGUUAAAAUUUGCAAAAUCUUCAGGGAGAAAAUUCCAAUAAUUCCUUUUAAAAAAUUCCCUUGAAAAAUUAAUUUAAAAAAUCCCUCAAAUUUUUCAAGAAAAUUCUUGUAAAUAUUUUCAAAAAAUGAGUGAAAAUCUUCCAAAAAUAUCCUAAAAAUAUAAUAAUAGUGAUUCCAUAUACAUCAGUAAAACUUGUAAUAUUUUCUUUAAGAACAUUCUCAAAAAAACAACCAAAAUCCAGAGAAUUUCUCUGGAUUUUGGUUGAUUUUUAUGUGAAUGUUCUUCAGAAACAUUUUUAACAUUUAUUUUUUUUCCACCAAAAAAUGUUCAAAGAUUUCCCAAAAAUGCUGAAAAUGUGGAAAUCAGAAGUUUCACUGUGAAAUUGUUUUCUUUUUUCCCACAUUUUCAAACUAAAACGGGUCAAUUUUGACUCGCAGGACGACACGAGGGUUAAAGAAACGCUGAUCUUUGUGGGGGUUUUUUCCAUGGGGGACUCUUAUUGUGAAGGACAUUGUAACUUCAUUUAAAUCUAGCUUUUUAUGGAUUAAGAGUCGACCCAUCCUGAAAUAAAACCGUGUUCCUUUCA